AUGCGUGCUUUCUUCGCCAUCUUUACUGCCGUUCUGGCCUUUUUCCAGGUUGCCGCUGCUCUUCCCCCGGCUUGUCUGUUGGCUGCUCUUGGUGUUCAGGACAAUCCAUCUGAUUUGAAGGCGGUCUGUGGUGAUCUCCAGCAUGCCAUCCAGGGCAACUUGACCAGCAACUGCCAUAAGGACACUCUCCCCGAGGCCUACAAGGUCUACUCCUCCAAGUGCUUGGAGCAGGGUGUGACCGUUGCUAAGCUUCCCACUUCGACCUCUUCUGCUCAGUCCAGCACCGGUACUGCUUCUGCCACUGGUGUCAAGUCCGCGUCCGCUUCUGCUACCCCGACCGGCGACGCGACUGUUACCUCUGGAGCAAGCGAAUCCGGUAGCACUACUGAAUCUGGCAGCACUCCUAGCCCUACUGGCAAUGCUGGCACGGCUACAGAGCCCAAGCCUUUCCUCUUCGCUGCUGCCGCGCUUUUCGCUACGGGAUUGACCAGCGUUAUCUUUUUGUAA